AUGGGAGGCUUUCCAUGUUCUCUUUGCCAGCAACAGGGACAGUUUGGGAAGAAGCUGGGCAAUGAAUCUUUCCCCCAUGCGAUGGGCAAGACGGUGCUGCAGAUGAUGCGGGGCAUGGGGCAACAGAUUCCCAUGCUGCCCCAUGGAUUCACCGUAUUCCUUUUCUUGGGCUUGAAUUUUACUUUGGAACUGAAGAACAUAACCCUUGUUAAUGUCAGUGCCAAGACUGUGCCUAAGAUAUCGGAGACAGGAAUGUCAGUCUCUAUUCCAGUUCCCAAAGAAGCUGCCAAUUCUCAGGUUGCCUUUGAUUCUGUUGUCUUGCAACUUACAAAUAUUACAGCAGGGACAACCGAAGCUCUGAUCAUUCGAAAAGGAGUAUAUGGCUCUAUAACAGUUGUCUGGAGCUCUGGAUAUCCAGCUGGCCUUAAUCCAGAAUACCUUCGCCCAGGGUACAUUACUCCAGCAUCUGGCACUGUUAUAUUUUUAAAUGGUGAACAAAGCAAAACUAUUUUAUUUCAUGUUGUCCCAAAUCCAAGUAGUCCAGAGGUGUUUGCUGUGCAUCUCUCAGCAGUGUAUAGCAAUAUAUCUGGGGGAGCUCACCUAAGGUAA